AUGCAUUCCGCCGUGAUAAUCAGGCUUUUAGGCCUCAUUGGCAUCGCCAAUGCCGCUUGUCCUUAUAUGACAGGUGAAGCACCCGACCAUGGACUCCACCGUCGCGAUGAAGGAGAAGCCUCUACCGAUACAGAGGACUUUCUCUCCCAAUUCUACCUAAAUGAUGAAGAUGCGUUCAUGACGUCCGAUGUGGGAGGACCGAUCGCAGAUCAAAAUAGUCUCAGUGCUGGUGAACGGGGACCAACACUACUUGAAGAUUUUAUUUUCCGUCAAAAGAUCCAGCGAUUUGAUCAUGAAAGAGUCCCAGAACGUGCUGUUCAUGCCCGCGGAGUUGGCGCACACGGCGUCUUCACCUCCUAUGGCGAUUGGUCGAAUAUAACAGCUGCGUCGUUCCUCGGAGCAAAGGAUAAAGAGACUCCGAUGUUUGUACGCUUCUCAACCGUGGCCGGUAGUCGCGGAAGUGCCGAUACAGCACGGGACGUGCAUGGGUUCGCAACACGAUUCUAUACCGACGAAGGGAAUUUCGAUAUCGUCGGAAACAAUAUCCCUGUUUUCUUCAUUCAGGAUGCUAUCCUCUUCCCUGACUUAAUUCACGCUGUUAAGCCUCGUGGUGAUAAUGAGAUCCCUCAGGCUGCUACUGCUCAUGAUUCGGCUUGGGACUUUUUCAGUCAGCAGCCCAGUGCCUUGCAUACCCUCAUGUGGGCGAUGGCUGGUCAUGGUAUUCCACGAUCUUUCCGCCAUGUCGAUGGUUUUGGUGUGCACACUUAUCGCUUUGUCACUGAUAAUGGUGCCUCGAAGCUGGUCAAGUUCCAUUGGAAGACGCUUCAGGGCAAGGCUAGCUUUGUAUGGGAAGAGGCGCAGCAGACUGCGGGUAAGAAUGCGGAUUUUAUUCGUCAGGAUCUGUGGGAUGCUAUUGAAGCAGGGAGGUAUCCUGAAUGGGAGCUGGGUGUCCAAAUUAUGGACGAGGAUGACCAACUGCGAUUCGGAUUUGAUCUUCUCGAUCCAACAAAGAUCGUUCCUGAAGAAUAUGUCCCCAUCACACCUUUGGGCAAGAUGCAGUUGAACCGUAAUCCGAAGAACUACUUUGCAGAGACUGAGCAGGUCAUGUUCCAACCCGGUCACAUAGUCCGCGGCGUCGAUUUCACCGAAGACCCCCUUCUGCAAGGCCGUAUCUUCUCAUACCUUGACACUCAACUCAACCGGCACGGCGGUCCCAACUUCGAGCAACUCCCAAUUAACCGACCUCGCGUACCAAUUCACAAUAACAACCGUGACGGCGCAGGACAGAUGUACAUCCCACUAAACUCAGAUGCAUACUCACCAAAUACUCUGAACAAUGGCUCCCCCAAACAAGCAAACCAAACCACUGGCGACGGUUUCUUCACUACACCAGGCCGAACCACAAGUGGUAAGCUGGUGCGCAGCGUCAGCUCAACUUUCUCGGAUGUUUGGUCUCAGCCACGACUAUUCUGGAACUCGCUCGUUGACACGGAAAGGCAAUUCGUUGUCGACGCAAUGCGUUUCGAGACUUCCAAUGUUGCUAGCUCCAUCGUGCGGAAUAAUGUUAUUAUUCAACUCAAUCGUAUCAGUCACGAUCUUGCUCGACGAGUCGCUGCUGCGAUUGGUGCUGAUGUACCCGCGCCUGAUAAGACAUAUUAUCAUCAUAAUACGACGACUGGUGUUGGGGCUUUUGGGCAGAAGCUACUCAAGAUUGAGGGGUUGAAGGUUGGACUCCUUGCUUCUGUUCAGAACAGUUCGUCAAUUGCGCAGGGCGCGACGCUGCAGAGUCAGCUUAGCUCUGUUGGCGUGGAUGUUUCGGUCGUUGCGGAGAGAUUGGCAGAUGGUGUGAAUCAGACGUACUCUGGAUCGGAUGCGACGAACUUUGAUGCUGUUGUUGUGGCGGAUGGAGCGGAGGCACUGUUUAAUUAUCGGUCUUCUGUUAAAGUUCAGAAUGUGACAUCGGGUGUCACAACACUCUAUCCUGCUGGACGUCCGUUGGAUAUUCUGGUUGAUGCAUUCAGGUUUGGAAAGCCAGUUGGUGGACUUGGAACCGGGUCUAUCGCGUUGAAAGCUGCGCAGAUCUCGAGUGAUCGCCAGGGAGUUUAUGUUGGAAAGGAGGUGGAUCAUGACUUUGCCAAAGGUGUGAAGGAUGGAUUGCGAACGUUCAAGUUCUUGGAUCGGUUCGCGUUGGAUGAGUGA